AUGACCUUUUCCUCCGCAAUGCUUUACAUCCCGGCAGUUCUCCAGCAACAAGCCGGGUUGACUCACCCAUCUGGGCCUUGUCUUGUCUUCCGCUCGAACCGAUUCAGUCAUUUGUUGGAUUACGAAAGCCGAUUCAAAUGGCUACGAUCUUCGCAAUCAAGGAAAUCCACCGAUGACGUCAUGAUCCUCAAGUCGCUGAUCACCGAAGCUUCAAGCUGA